AAAACAGUUUGUAUUUUCAUAUUUCCCUGUAACACAUUUCAGAAAACAGGGUAAGUUAACAUGGACAAAUGUGGCUAUAUAAAAGAGAUGAAGAUAGAGAAUUAUACUACUACAUGCUGGGACAAAGACAACGUCUUGAACCUUCCAGCUCUUAAUCUAAAAUAUGAGGAAGUGUACAUUUCAAAAUUGCAAAAAGAUUUUCCCGGAUCUUCUGACUUUAAUUUAUCACGAAGAAGACGAUCAUGGGAAAGUAGUUUCUCAAGAUUGUGAUACUUGUUACAAAAAAUUUCCCAGCAGAUCAUCGUGUUUACGCCACCAACAAACUAAGCAUGACACUAAGAAUCUAUAUGGUUAUUUAAAAGAGCGUGCUGAAACUAUCGCCGUCGAACCAACUUCUCGUAAAGUAGCUCGCUUGGAAGUACAGAAAGUGUUUGACGCGCUUGGGGAAUGCUUUGGUCAAGGCAUCUUCUUGAAGCAGUUCAGAAAGUCAGGUAGCUACUCAACGGACACGAAGGUACUUCAUGCAGAUGAGUUUGAUUUUGAUAUUCCGUUGAAGUUGCCAUUGGAGGAGCUGCAUUUAAAUUAUGAAGGUAGUAGAGCGUAUUAUCACUUUCAUCAAAAACAACAAACCUUAAAUUUAAACGUUCCGAUGACGGUGCACUGGACAAGAAAUUGGUUUGGCGUCCCUCAAGGUUAUGUUGAAAUAAAGAAAAUAAGCGGCGAAACUGUAGUACCAAGAUUGAUUCAAGAAGAGUUGUAUCAAGACCUAUUGUGUGCUAAAGGAAAGUUGACUGAUGCUUCUGUGGAUGUUCGUAGUGAAGCAAAGGGACCAGCGUUAACAUUAACAAUCAAGAAAGAAGGUUUGCCAAAUAUCAGUGUUGAUCUGUGUGCAUCUAUUGCAACAAACCAAAUCACACUUGCUGAUUAUAAUUGGCCCAGACCACAAACAAGAAAUGUCUUGUCAGAGCGGUUAAUCAAGUCUAUCUACGAUGCUGGCUUGCACCUUAUACCAAAGAAUAUAAAGUUUUGGUAUAUUUCUGUUUCAAGAGCAGGUCAAGCUCUUAUGAAAGGGAUUGAUGCCAAUGACAAGGGAUGCAGAAAAAAAUGUCACAAAUUAUUAAAAGGGGACUUUCAAAUAUGGUUAGGGAGGUCUGGAAACAAUUUACCUGGAAUUUCAUCUAUGAUAUUUAAACAUCAGUUAUUUUGGAUGAACGAGGAAAAACAUUUGGAUUGGUCUCAAUCCAAAAUGGCGGAUCGAUAUGUGGACAUGUUGGAUGACUUGGCACAAAGACUCCGAAAGGCCAAACUGUACAAUUAUUUUUUCGAUUACGAAAAUAUUCUGCAAGACAAGGACCAACAAGUGUUAAACCAAGUUGCAAAUCACGCUGAAGCAAGAAGACGAGAACUAAUGGCAAUGGGAUGAAAUGUUUAAUUAUUUAGACUGAAUGAAGUUAUACUUAAAUAAUUUUAAAACAUAAACUGUUACUGAUUGAUACUAAGUGCAACUUUUUUCGAAUGAUGAUGAGGAAAAAGUCUGUUUGUGUUUUUCCCUUUUUAUUAGUUUUUAGUAGGACUUAAGUUAUCAUAUGUCAUCUAUAGCGAUUUAGCAGUAGUAAACAAAGAACUCGUUCAAAUCCUUUUAGAGGUGUUUGAAGUUUUUGUUCAAAGUUUUUUUUAUAUCAUAUUUGUAUGAAGCUAAAUCGUGAAGGCUUUUUAUUACAGUUUUUGCUGCAUCUCGAAGCUAGCAUUUGUUUGGGAAAUUUGCUAUGCGCCGAGAGGUCUUUUAGAGAUAAGAACUUAUGGAAUAUGUCUUAGUAUAGUUACCAGAUGUAAAGUAUAUUUUGUUGUGAGAUUACUUUCUUGUGUAUGGAAUAGUAAACAAAAUAAAUGUUUUGCGAAAGCCAAGAUUGUAAACGAAACGAA